AUGUUUCUGACCCACCAAUCAUCAAUGAUUCUCUCCUCGAAGAAGAGACAACCCAUCCUCCUCUCAUUGUGUGCUCUCCUGUCGCUCUUUCUCAUAGCAUCUUCAGUCUCUAAUGCUCAAACUUGUCGAACCAAUCUCAUCACAAACACUUUCACACCUUCCUUACUCAAUGUUGAUUAUUGUCCAAUCGGUUGGAUCAACACUGGAACUAAAUGUGAAAGAUUUGCUGAUGUAUGGAAAGCAAGAUUAGGAUCUGGUUGUUCUACCUCCUUGGAUUGUAAAUUCUCUUCUCUUUCUUGCAUCAAUAACAUUUGUAGUCCAUUAAAUCGAAUGGAAGGAGAUACUUGUACUCAAGACUCUCAAUGUGUACAAAAUGUCAAUGCCAAAUAUGGUACUACUUGUUUCAAUGGACGUUGUCAACCUGUGACUCUUUCCAAGACUGCAAAAGUUGGUGAAACUUGUAAUGUCAAGAAUGCUGCUGACAAUACCAUCUCUGAUUGUGCUGAAGGAUAUUGUGCUUUGGCAAGUUUUUUCAAUUCCAUCUUGCCAGGACUUGUCACUUCCAAGUGUGUGAAAACGUCAGAAGCCAAGAAGGGUGAAACUUGUGGUUUCAAAUACACACCCGUUCCUCCUGCAGUGACAGAUUAUAUCACCUGUGAAUCAGGUACUACUUGUUCAUUGGUGAUUGGAGGUACUUGUAUUCCUGUCAUUCAAGAAGGACAAGCAUGUUCCUUGACAGAUUCCUCACAACGAUGCCAAACCAAUACUUACUGUCGAAGAAAAGUUGCAGGUGCUUCCACGACCUGUGAAUACUUGGCACCAAUUGGUCAAUACUGUGAUACUGUUCUUGAUUGUGCAUUUGUAAAUUCAGGAAUGAUUUCAUGUGAAAACAACAAGUGUGUUCGAAAAGCAUCGAGACCAAACGGACAAGGAUGUACCUCCAAUGAUCAAUGUUAUAGCAGAUAUUGCGAUUCAACAACUUCUAAAUGUGCAGCCUAUGCAGGUAGAGAAACAUGUUCUACUUCUGCCAGUUGUACCACUGCCAUUUCACAAGGAUGUGGUUGUGCAGGAAAGGAAACAGAUAGCAAUCUUGGAAAGUGUGUGGCAUCUUGUGAGGGACAACUUUUAGAUUUGAGAGCUUGUCUCUAUAAUUUGGGAAUGUAUUACUAUGAAAGUAUUACUCCAUCACAAUCGUUGGGAUAUACUCAAUACAGUGAUGAGACUUCUACUGCUUUCAGAUCAUGUCGAUAUUAUUAUGAUCGAUUUUAUGGAUGUAUGAAACAAACUUGGAAUGAUGCAGGAAUUUCAACUUCUGAUUCAUCCAUGCCUGGUGUUGGAUUGGGAAGUGGUGUGAAUGAUGGGAAUUCUCUUCUACUUCCUGAGAGAAAUGGAAGUGAGAGUUUGAUGCGUGGAAUGAAUCAAUCGAUGAUGAUGAUGGUUGUCGUAAUCGUCGUGAUCAUGGUAGUGAUUCUUUCUUUGUAUUAA